CCGUACUUGAACGCAGCAGCAAACUUUAAAGCGGAGGUGCGGCGGCUCGGCGGACACACGGCGGGACCUCAACGCGCGCGCAGCGACCCAUUUCAGCCUCACAGAACCGAAUCCGAACGACAAGGCCCCCCAGCAGAGUGGGAGAGAUGCCGGCCACAGAGAAGGACCUGGCGGAGGACGCGCCCUGGAAGAAGAUCCAGCAGAACACCUUCACGCGCUGGAUCAACGAGCACCUGAAGUGCGUCAACAAGCGGAUCAUGGACCUGCAGUGCGACCUGAGCGACGGCCUCCGCCUCAUCGCCCUGCUGGAGGUGCUGAGCCACAAGAGCAUGUACAGAAAGUACCACCCGAGGCCCACCUUCAGGCAGAUGAAGCUGGAGAACGUGUCGGUGGCGCUGGAGUUCCUGGAGCGGGAGAACAUCAAGCUGGUCUCCAUAGACUCCAAAGCCAUUGUAGAUGGGAACCUGAAGCUGAUUCUGGGUCUGGUCUGGACUUUGAUCCUGCACUACUCCAUUUCCAUGCCCAUGUGGGAGGGCGAGGAUGAGGAGGCAGAGUCAAAGACACCUAAACAGCGCCUCCUCGGCUGGAUUCAGCACAAAGUUCCCGAUCUGCCCAUCACGAACUUCAGCCAGGACUGGAGGGACGGCAAAGCUCUGGGAGCUCUGGUGGACAGCUGUGCCCCAGGUUUGUGCCCAGACUGGGAGACCUGGGAUUCAGUGAAACCGGUGGAUAAUGCUACUGAAGCCAUGCAGCUGGCUGAUGAUUGGCUGGGAAUCCCACAGGUGAUCGCUCCGGAGGAGAUCAUCGACCCCAGCGUGGACGAGCAGUCCGUCAUGACCUACCUGUCCCAGUUCCCCAAGGCCAAGCUCAAACCCGGAGCUCCGCUCAAACCCAAGCUCAACCCCAAGAAGGCGCGAGCGUACGGACCCGGAAUCGAACCCACGGGGAACCGGGUGCUGCGUCCUGCUGUGUUCACCGUGGACACGUUCAGCGCUGGUCAGGGACAGGUCACGGUCUACCUGGACCAUCCAGACGGAACCAGACAGGAGCUGAAGGCGGAGCCUAACGAGGGCAAGAAAACCUUCAGCGUCACCUACACCCCUCAGGUCAUGGGACCUCACAAGGUGACGGUGCUGUUUGCAGGUCAGCAGAUCCCCAAAAGCCCGUUCGAGGUGAACGUGGACAAAGCGCUGGGUGACGCCUCCAAGGUCACAAUGAAGGGUCCCGGGAUCGAACCUGUGGGGAACAUCGCCAACAAACCCACCUACUUUGACAUUUUCACUGCAGGUGCCGGCACCGGAGACGUCACUGCCAUGGUCCGCGACCCUCAGGGUCGCCAGAACAGCGUGGAGGCGAUGAUGGAGGAUAAAGGGGACAACGUGUACCGCUGCACAUAUCGGCCCGUGCUGCCAGGACCGCACACCAUCGCCGUCACCUUUGGGGGGGUGGGAGUCCCCAGGAGCCCCUUAACGGUGGACGUGGGUCCCGCGUGCAUGCCCAGUGCCUGUAGGGCAACGGGGCGGGGCCUGCAGCCGUCAGGCCUGAGGGUCAAGCAGGUCGGUGACUUUAAAGUGGACACCAGGAAUGCCGGCAGUGGAGACCUGAAAGUUUUCAUCAAAGGACCCAAGGGUGCAGAGGAGCCGCUGAAGCUGCUCUCCAGUCAGAACGGCGUGUUCUUGUACGAGUACUACCCCACCAGUCCUGGCAGAUACUGCGUGUCCAUCACCUGGGGGGGCCAGCACAUCCCAAAGAGCCCGUUUGACGUGGCAGUUGGUCAAGAGGCGGGGCCUCAGCAGAUCAGAGCGUGGGGUCCUGGCUUGGAGGGAGGCAUUGUGGGUAAACCCGCCACCUUUGUGGUGGAGUCCAUCGGCCCAGAUGCAGGAGUUCUGGGUUUCGCCAUCGAAGGACCCUCCCAGGCUAAAAUUGAGUGCGAGGACCAAAACGACGGGUCAUGCGAUGUCCGCUACUGGCCAACAGAACCCGGCGAGUAUGCUAUCCGUGUGACCUGCGAUGAGGAGGACAUCGAGCUCAGCCCCUUCAUGGCCUACAUCGUUCCUGACAACAACACCAACCACCCGGAGAAGGUUCAGGCUCAUGGACCGGGACUUGAGAAGACCGGCUGUCUGGUCAACCAACCUGCAGAGUUCACAGUCAAUGCUGAGGAUGCUGGGAAAGGACCUCUGAAGAUCACAGCACAGGACGCAGAGGGACUUCCUGUGGAGGUGAAGGUGCGCAGCAAAGGGGACGGCUUGUACAGGUGCUCCUACACGCCCGCCUCCUCCCUCAAGCACACGGUAUCCAUCUCCUGGGGCGGGGUCAGCAUCGCCAACAGCCCCUUCAGGGUGAACGUGGGGAGGGGGAGUCACCCCAGCCUGGUGAAAGUGUUCGGUCCUGGGGUGGAGGACGGCCUGAAGGCCAACGAGCCCACGCACUUCACUGUGGAUUGCUCUGGAGCUGGAGACGGUGAUGUCAGCGUGGGCAUCAAGUGUGACGCCAAUAUGAUCAGCGAGCGAGAGGCCGACGUGGACUUUGACAUAAUUUCCAAUGCCAACGACACGUUCACAGUCAAAUACGUCCCUCCCGCCGCUGGGAGACUCACUGUCAAAGUUCUGUUCACCGACAAGGAAGUUCCACUGAGCCCCUUCGUGGUCAAAGUCAAUCCGUCCCACGAUGCGUCGAAGGUUAAAGUAGAAGGUCCAGGAGUGGCUCGCUCAGGUGUGGAGAGCGGGAAGCCAACCCAUUUCACCGUGUUGACCAAAGGAGCCGGAAAAGCCCCACUGGAUGUGUCCUUCUCCUCCAAGGUCAAAGACUUUGAUAUCAUCGACAAUUAUGACUACUCCCAGACCGUCAAGUACACUCCUCUUCAGCAGGGAGAAAUGAAAGUCAUUGUGACUUUUGGAGGAGAUGCCAUUCCCAAAAGUCCUUUCACCGUUGGAGUUGCCGCUCCACUGGAGCUCGGCAGGGUCUCUGUGGACAACCUGGAUGCAAGAGUGGAGGUCAAUCAAGAACAGGAGUUUCUGGUGGACACCAAGGGAGCAGGAGGUCAAGGUCACCUGGAGGUGGAGGUGUUGAGUCCCCGCCAGAGGGUGGUACCAUGUGACGUUCAGCCUCAGGCGGGGCAAGUGGAUGUCAGUGUUGUUCGCUACACGCCAAUUGAGGAGGGGGUCCACGCUGUCAACGUGUCCUAUGAUGGACACCCGGUUCCAGGGAGCCCCUUCCCGGUGGAGGCCAGCCUGCCUCCAGACCCCACUAAAGUGAAGGCGUUUGGCCCCGGCCUGGAGGGAGGUCUGGUGGGAAACCCGGCUGAGUUCACAAUCGACACGACUGGUGCUGGCACCGGCGGUCUGGGCCUGACAGUGGAGGGACCAACUGAGGCCAAGAUUGAAUGUUCCGACAACGGCGACGGAACCUGCUCGGUCUCCUACCUCCCCACCGAACCCGGAGAGUACCUGGUCAACAUCCUGUUUGAGAACGUCCACGUCCCGGGCUCGCCUUUCAGAGCCGACAUCCAGAUGCCCUUUGACCCCUCUAAGGUGGUGGCAUCAGGGUCUGGGCUGAAGAGGGCCAAGGUCGGAGAGACCAGUGUUGUGAACGUGGACUGCACCCGAGCUGGACCCGGAGAACUGAGUCUGGAAGCAGCUCUGGACUCGCCGUCUUCAGGCUCCACCCCUUCAGGGAGGAAAGCAAAGACUGAGAUCAUCAGCAACAACGACGGCACCUUCACAGUCACCUACGUUCCAAUGACCGCUGGCAUGUACACGCUGCUGCUAAAGUACGGCGGCAAAACGGUUCCCGGGUUCCCGGCCAAGGUCACAGCGGACCCGGCAGUUGACACCUCUAAAGUGAAAGUGUUUGGACCCGGAGUGGACGGACAAGCUGUUUUUCGGGAAGCCACCACUGAGUUCACGGUGGACGGCCGAGCUCUGAGCCGGCGAGGAGGCGACCAUGUGACAGCAGAGGUCAGAAACACAUCCGGGAAGCUGACAGAAAGUGUGGUGACUGACAAUGCUGACGGGACGUACAGUGUAGAGUACACGCCCUACGAGAACGGCGUCCACAGUGUCCAGGUCCUCUACGAUGACACUCCAGUUCCCAGAAGCCCGUUCACGGUGUCUGUUUCAGAGGGCUGCGAUCCCAGCAGGGUGGUCGCUUCCGGCCCCGGCCUCCAGGGAGGCCUGACUGAUCAGCCCAACCACUUCAGCAUUGUCACCAGGGGGGCAGGUAUCGGGGGGCUCGGUAUCGCUGUGGAGGGCCCCUCCGAGUCCAAGAUGUCCUGCAAAGACAACAAAGACGGCAGCUGCAGCGUCGAGUACGUCCCUUUCACUCCAGGUCUCUAUGACGUGAACAUCACCUACGGAGGAGAGCACAUCCCAGGAAGUCCUUUCAAGGUCCAAGUGAAAGACAUCUUGAACCCCAGCAAGGUCAAGGUGUCCGGUCCAGGUGUAGGAUCAGGAGUCAGAGCAAAUAUCCCACAAUCCUUCACUGUAGACUGCAGGAAGGCGGGCACCGCCCCGCUGGCUGUCGCUGUCACUGCUCCAAAAGGUGUGACAGAGCCGGUGGAGGUGACGGACAACGGAGACGGGACUCACACGGUCGCCUACACGCCGUCUGUAGAGGGAGCGUAUAACCUGUCCAUCAAGUACGCAGAAGAGGACGUCCCCCGCAGUCCCUUCAGGGUUCGGGUUUUACCGACCCAUGAUGCCAGUAAGGUGCGCGCCAGCGGUCCCGGCUUAACCAGCGGCGUCCCAGCCAGCUUUCCUGUGGAGUUCAGCAUUGACGCCAGUGACGCCGGUCAAGGCCAACUGAGCGUGCUCAUAACCGAUCCGGACGGUAAACCGAAACAGCCUCGUAUCCAUGACAACGGCGACGGUAAAUACCUGGUGUCGUACAUCCCCGACCGGACUGGACGCUACACCAUCGUCAUUAAAUACGGGGGUGAUGACAUCCCAGCGUCGCCUUUCCGAGUCCGCGCCACGGCGACCGGAGACGCCAGCAAAUGCAGCAUCAGCGGUGUGGGUCCUACUGUGGCCAUUGGUCAGGAGAUGAGUAUGGCGGUGAACACGAAGGGGGCGGGAAAAGGAAAGGUGUGCUGCGUGGUGGUCCAGCCGGACGGCAGUGAGGUGGAAGCAGAGGUGGUGGAGAACCCCGACGGCACUUUUGACAUCUUUUACACAGCACCGGCCCCCGGCAACUAUGUCAUCUAUGUCCGCUUCGGCGGGGAAAACAUCCCACGCAGCCCCUUCAAAGUCAUGGUGACCUCAGACAGCUUCCAGCUGGACAGCAGCACCAUCAAUGGCAGCGGCUUCAAGCCGUUUGACAUGGUCAUCCCGUUCUCCUUCAGUAAAGGAGAAAUGACCGGGGAAGUUCUGAUGCCUUCAGGAAAGUCGGCGCAACCGCAGAUCACACACAACGCAGACGGGACGUUCACUGUGCAGUAUGCCCCCACUGAAGCCGGCCUGCAUGAGAUGCACAUCAAAUACAACGACACGCACAUUCCAGAGUCGCCACUUCAGUUCUAUGUGAACCACGCCAGCAGCCCCAGUGUCACCGCCUACGGCCCCGGGCUGAGUUACGGCACCGCCAACAGGAUGGCCUCCUUCACCGUGUACACGGAGGACGCCUCUGAAGGAGGUCUUGACUUGGCGAUCGAGGGUCCGUCCAAAGCGGACAUCAGCUGUGUGGACAACAAAGACGGGACGUGCACAGUCAGCUACCUGCCCACGCUGCCGGGAAGCUACAAGAUCCUGGUCAAAUACAAUGACGAGCACAUCGCCGGCAGCCCCUUCACCGCCAGGAUCGCCGAGAACAACCAGCGGCGCUCGCAGGUCAAACUGGGUUCAGCCGCAGACUUCUGUCUGGACAUCAACGAGACGGACCUCAGCCUGCUGACCGCCAGCAUCCGGUCGCCGUCGGGCCGGGACGAGCCAUGUCUGCUGAAGAGGAUGCCCAACAGCCACAUCGGCAUUUCCUUCAUCCCCCGUGAGGUGGGCGAGCACCAGGUCAGCAUCCUGAAGAACGGCCAGCACGUUGCUAACAGCCCCAUCAGCAUCAUGGUGGUCCAGUCUGAGAUUGGCGACGCAAGCCGGGUCAAAGUUCAUGGCGACGGCCUGGUUCAGGGCACCACCUUCGAGGACGCCAGCUUUGUGGUCGACACGCAGGAGGCUGGCUAUGGAGGUCUGGCUCUGGCCAUCGAAGGUCCGAGUAAGGUGGACAUCCAGACGCAGGACUUGGAGAACGGCACCUGUGGAGUCACCUACUGUCCAACCGAACCCGGGAACUACAUCGUCUCCAUCCGCUUCGCAGAGCAGCACGUCCCAGGAAGCCCCUUCACGGUGCGAGUGACCGGUGAGGGCCGCAUACGGGAGAGCAUCAGCCGGCGCCAGAGGGCUGCAUCCCUCGCCAGUGUCGGAAGUGUGUGUGAUCUGAACCUGAAGAUACCAGCCAUCGACCCACAGGAUGUCUCCGCCACAGUCACGGCGCCCUCUCGAGCCAGCCAGCCUGCCGAGCUGGUUGCCGUUGGCAACGACACCUACUCUGUGCGGUUUGUGCCCUCCGAGAUGGGCGUGCACAGCGUGAGCGUGAAGUACAGGGGCGUGCACGUGCCCGGCAGCCCCUUCCAGUUCACUGUGGGCCCGCUGGGAGAGGGCGGGGCUGCCAAAGUGAAGGCUGGAGGUCCAGGGCUGGAGGGAGCCAUGGUUGGAGAGCCAGCUGAGUUCAGCAUCUGGACCAGGGAGGCCGGUGCUGGCGGGCUGUCGGUGGCGGUGGAGGGACCCAGCAGGGCGGACAUCUCCUUCGACGACCGCAAAGAUGGAACCUGCGGCGUGGCCUACAUUGCUCAGGACCCUGGAGAUUACGAGGUUUCCGUGAAGUUUAACGAGCAGCACAUUCCUGAAAGCCCCUUCCUGGUCCCAGUUGUGGCUCCAGCCAACGACGCCCGCCGCCUCACUGUUGCCGGCCUUCAGGAGUCUGGUCUAAAGGUCAAUCACCCAGCAUCCUUUGCAGUACAUCUGAAUGGAGCGCAGGGCAAGAUGGAGGCCAAGGUGCACAGCCCCUCCGGAGCCCUGGAGGAGUGUGUGGUCACGGAGCUGGACCGAGACAUGUACGCCAUCCGCUUCAUCCCGAGGGAGAACGGCAUCCAUACCAUCGAUGUGAAAUUCAACGGAUCCCACAUCCCAGGAAGUCCGUUCCAGGUCCGUGUGGGAGAACCAGGACAGACCGGAGAUUCUAGUCUGGUCACUGCUUAUGGAGCUGGACUGGAGAGAGGCACCACAGGAGUGCAGUCAGAGUUCAUCAUCAACACCAAAGGGGGUCCUGGGUCUUUGGCGGUGACCAUUGAGGGUCCCUCCAAAGUGAAGAUGGAGUGUCAGGAGGUCCCGGAGGGCUACAAGGUGCAGUACACUCCCAUGGCCCCUGGAAAUUACCUGAUCAGCAUCAAGUACGGAGGACCCAACCACAUCAGCGGCAGUCCCUUCAAGGCCCGAGUCACAGGUUCUCGCCUCAUCAAUGUGACGAACAUGAGUGAGACGUCGACCCUGACCCUGGAUCCAUCCAUCCGGGUGUCCAGCAGCUUCAGUCAGAGCGCCGCGUCCAGACCUGGCAGCUCCGACGCCAGCAAGGUGGUGAGUCGGGGUCCCGGACUCUCCAAGGCCUCCGUGGGUCAGGGGAGCAGCUUCACCUUGGACUGCAGCAAAGCCGGGAAGAACAUGCUCCUGGUGGGAGUGUACGGCCCUCAAGCCCCCUGUGAGGAGGUUCUGGUCAAACACAUGGGGAACCUGCAGUACAACGUCACCUAUAUCCUGAAGGAACGCGGAAAUUACAUCCUGGUCGUGAAGUGGGGUGACGAUCACAUCCCAGGAUCCCCGUUUAACGUUGUUGUGUCAUGAUGCAGCAGGAAACUGACGGCCGGGUUUCCUGCAGCGUCUGUGUUUCAGUGGAGAGUCCUGUUAGAGAGCUUCUGCAUGAAGGUUUGAGAGGACCACAAAGCUGCUCACAUAACCCUAAGAAACCAUCAAAACUCUAAAGAUCUGGACACUGAAAACAGUUCUGACAGAAUCGGAUGUAAAGAAACAGAAUCUCAACAUAAUGAAUGUUUCCCUGAGAUGAUCAAAUGUUUUUGCACUUGAUUUUAUUUGAAUGAAGUUUGACUGUAUGUUUCUAAAAUGUUCCAAACGAUUGAAACUGGAAAACAACGCACUUUUACAGACAGAAGACAGAAACAAGCACGUCUGGGUCUUCUGUCCCAUGAAGCCAAACAUCUCAGCUGCAGAGAUCACUGGAGUUCCAACCCAAGAGGUCUGCCUGUGAGUAACUACUGACCGCUGCUGAUGUCCAUGACUAGCUCAACUCCCAGAAGUCCUCACACACAGGUGUGGCCUUCAGUCCAACACUCGUCAACAUGCAGGGUGACAGGUCGGGGUUCAGACCACGAUCAGGUGAGGCGAUCCGCUCCACACCCGGCCUCUGAGCAGAUGAUCGUCCUUGAUCCGGUUUGUGGUCAAACCUUUCCGGGUCUGUCUUUGAGCUGCUGACUUUUCACUACUACUUUUGAUACUUGGGGGCGGGGGGCAUUUAAUUUGUAUCAUUGGAGGGUGUUUUCAUGUGAAACUAAGCGCUGAACGUGAUGUACUGUACAUUUGAUAAUUGAAAUAAACUGGAAGGAAAACAA